UCUCUCUCUCUCUCUCUCUCCCUCUCUCUCUCUCUGUCUCUCUCUCUCUCUCUCUCUCUCUCUCUCUCAAUUUUAGCCCUUCCGUAUGCAUUUAUGAUAUUCCCUCUGGCUCACUCAUAGUGUCUACAGUGGGACAGAAUGUGGUCUCUGAGGGGAAAAUGACAGUGCUGCUCCAUCUCCAUCAGCACUAAGCCUGCAGUUAUGUGUGUCAUUUAGCGAACGCUGCUGCAAGUCAGUAAAUAUUGUUUUAAUGCUAGGAAUUAACAUCAGACCCAGCUGCUUUAAUAUAAAUCACAUUAACAGAGAGCUGGAGGCAAAUGGAGACUGCUUAAGCUGAUAUGUGACCCCUUCUCAGCUUUUUUUCCCCUUUUCCUUUAUUUUCCACUCAUUUAUUCUGAUUAUAUUCUUUCUGGCCUUGUCAUUUCUUAGGCACCUCGGUUGCAUUCUCCGUGAUGGAGGAGGGUAUAACUGGGUGGUUUACAUAAGAGUGUUUAAUCAUGCUCGAAUAAGGCUAAAUGUUUACUCAUGCUCUGGAAUAAAGCUGAGCUAAAUGUACAAGCUAAAUGUAUUCAGCACCAGAUCCUCUUCAUGCUGCAUUCUUGAGUUACACUCCCUUUACAUAUCAAGAUACCCAAAUUGAGCCAAGACUGCGUUUAGCUCAUCAUACUGGCCCAACGUACCUUAAACACACACAUACACACACAAGUAGUGCAGUUCUUGUUUAGAUGUUUAUGGUGGUCACAGGCACUCUGGAGUAGAUUAGUCUCAUGUGCCAUCUUGGCCAGCCAUUCACGUCCUCCUUCACUGCUGCGUAACAAUAAAUGAGGCAGCUCAGGAAUCAUGUUUCCUGAACUGAACCGUCUCAUGGACGUUAUUUAUCUCCGCUAAGUUGAUGCAGCAGAAUUCCUGAUGCGCCACUUUUCUUCUGUGCUUCUGUGUUUUUGUAUUUCUCUGCCCGUCUCAGAUCCUUUUCUUACGUUUCUAAAUGGUGCAUCAUUUUUUCCAAACUGCUCGUGCAUGUUGCGGUUUAGCCAGACCAUGAUAGUCAUAAUUAUGCUGCUUUAACGUGCUGUUUCUUUCCGCACUGCAGCUGUUAUUUACAAGCGCAGCAGGGUUGAGCAGUAUGACGUCUUCCUCUCCAUCUCAGUGACCACACCGACCAGUGGCAAUUAAGGCAACUGUGCUCAUAAGGCCUGGAGAUUCCAGCAGGCACUUUUGGGCAUCCAUGUCUGAGUCUGAUCAAUAUCAUUGAGCUUGUAGACUGAACUUACGUAUGUGUAUGUGUAUGUGUGUGUGUGUGUGUGUGUGUGUGUAUAUGUAUGUAUACACGCACACACACAUAUGUGUUGAUGGGGUACUUACUGUCUGAUGGACUGUGGAUCAGAAUCCACAAGCAUCAUGACUCCACACAUUGACCUUAGACAAUGAAGCAUGAAAUUGCACUUUCUGAGAUAAUCAGUUACGUUGUGUCACUUAACCGGGCAAUAGCGUAAACAGUGAGUGUGUAGAUAGAAGAGGCAGGGGAGAGAUUGCAGGAGUGUAUUAUGUCUGUAUCAUCUCACCUUCUGACUUCACCCUUCCAAAAACAGAAAGCUGAGCUGUACCUCAAGAGGAAAACACAUCUCAGGCCAAUAUGAGCAAGACAAAGAGUGCUCAUUUACACUUACUUAAUCAGCCUCAACAUGUGGUAAUUCACAGCAGGUUUCGUUCUUCAUCACUCGCCCUGUUCCUCUGAUUAGUCAGUAAACCACAAGAUAUUUAUACCUGAUGAAAUAGUAUCUUCAGUCUACAUUUAUUUUUGUUGUAACCAGGAGUGCAGUAUAAGGCUUUAUAAUCACAGCUGCAGUGCUGUUUUACUCAUACACAAUGCUGAUUUACUAUCUGUAACCUGGUGCUCUACUGUGGCUUAAACACUCGUUUGCUGUUUGCAGAGCAUUUGUUUCAAAGAUGCAGACCAAUUUUUUUUUCUGACAUAAUGCAAUGUGCUCCUAGGAUUAUCAGUAGUGCUACAAGAGUAGAAUUUCUUAGACACAUCACAGUAUCUUUUAUACCAGAAGGUGUUGAAUAAAUUUCUAUAACAGCAUCUAUAACAGCUGUAGAAGAAAUCACAGGUAUAUAUUAACAUACUUGUUCUAAAGCAUUAUAGUUUCUAUAGUAACAACUCAUUCACAGGGACCGGUAUGGCAGAUGCCUAAUAUAAUCUAAUCCUAAUCUAAAAAACAUAUGCUAUUUGACAAAGAAAACCUACAUAUGGUGUAGUAUGUUAUGGUGUGUCCAUAAGAAGAUGUUUAUGUAACAUUUAUGGAAGGAAUCUCCAGAGUUUGCAGAGCUGUGGUGUAAGAGGAAUGAAAGUGUAAGAAGCAUGAUGUUAUUGGAAAAUAAUUCACUUUGGGAUGGUAAUACUAACCCCACUUCACAUCGGCCUGCAACACACCACCUUGUUGUUGAUUAUUUUCCUAUAAGAGCACACCUCAAGUGUUUUAUUUGUUUACAUAGGGAAUAAAACUUCUUAUGCCUUCUUAUUGUUUUUUUUUUAAAAGAUCAUAGCACAACGCUCAAUUCAGUCAUUAUGUUAGAUUUGCUUAUUUGCAUAAUUAUUUCUGAUCUCCUUGUUUAAAGUUCCUAUUCUCAGAACUAUGCUUCCUUUCCAACACUGCUCUUGUAAUGUCAUGCUUUAAAGGAACGGUUAGUAAAUUUUAGAGCCCUCUGCUGCUUGUUAGGUGAAGUGCAGUUGCAAAAAGAACAUGAAAUACCAAACCCAUCUCCUUUGUUCAAACUGCCUAAUGAGUUGCCUUUUAAGGAAGAUGAGCAGGAGUAAUUUCAGACCAGUUAUAUUUAAAUAAAAGCCUGAAUUUAAGAAACUAGCCAGAUCCAUGCAUUGGAAUUUGUAGUAAUUCUGUGGCGUCUUUGCAAUUAAUAUAUGAUUAUAAUAGGUAGAAAAACACUUCUUAACAUUGCAAACUACACCUGUAAUUCUUUCUGAUGACCAGGAUUGGCUGUAUUAGCAUUUAGAGAGUACAUAAAGUUGAUUUUUCACAGCUGCUGUCUUGAUGGCAGAGAUGGCACCACUCCCUCUCUCAUUGAGGAAAUAAAGUGGUCUCUCAGAAGCAUAAUACCUACACAUUACAUAAACUAUAGGACCUCUCACAUGUGGGCCUGUCUGGCAAAGACAGUGUAGUAGAGGUUGACACUUUAAUGACCUGAGUGUAUGGAUGUGUAACACAUUAAUCAUACUUAAAGUCAGUGAUUAAGCAGGAGACCGUUUCAGUCUGAGUUGGCACACAUGCUGUAAUAUUACAUUUUUACCACUGAAGAACUUGCAGGUAAUCACUCUUAAAUCCGCUGUGUUAGAGGACAGACUGUGUGUGUGUAUGUCUGUGUGUGUGAGUGUGUGUGUGUGUGUGUGUGUGUGUGAUUUCUACCUCUCUCAGGCAGACUGCUCAUGCUCAGUCUCCCCAGUAACAAUCUUUUUCUUUGGCUGUUGUGUUUAUGAAAAUCCCCAUCACUUCUCCUGCAUUUUUACCAGCAUCUUCUCCUUCUCUCUCGUGUCUAUUUUUUGAUUGCCUGUGAGGCAGGAGGCAAUUACAGCAACAUCACUGUCUCAGCCACACUAGUUUAAACACUGAAAAGUCCUUUUAUGAGAUUCAUUUCAGAUCUGUCCAGUUUUUCUCCCACUGGUGAGAUGUGUACAAGCCUCAGUUCUGCUGGAUUUGCAUCCUACCUCCCGCCAAGUCUGUCAGACAUGUAAGCAGCUGGCAAAAGACAGAGGUCAGACGCUGAGAUGUACUUGCCAACUUAGAGGCUUUGUUGCUAGAUUUGACAACAUUUUAGGUGCCUUUUGCGACUUUAUUUAAAAAAAAAAAAAUUUGCGACCUUUGGAGCAGACUCACCACCAGUGUGUAAAGCUUUACUGAGUUACGCUUGUGUGAGCCAACCUACCACUCACCUAUCACCAGUAACUGACCAAUUACUGAUCAUCAUUGUUCUUAAUGACCAAUCACUGAUCACCAUUGCUCCCAAUGACCAAUUCCUUAUCAUCAUUGUUCUUAAAGACCAAUCACUGAUCACUAUUAUCUCCAAUGACCAAUCACUGAUCACAGUUGUGAUCACCAGAACACUUGUUCUAUCUAUUCUCAGACAAAAUGCUACUGGUGGUUCCAGAGCUGGUGCCUGCACUUUUAGAAAACCUGGUUCCUCAGUUGGAUGACUAAUGUUUUUAGCUUCCUAAAGGGUUUCUACUAGGAGCAUUUUGGACAAGGGAAAACCUUCUUUCGUAGGUUUUACCUAGAACCUUUCUGCAGAAGGGUUUCCACAGAAGGACAAACCGAAGAACACUUUAGGCUGUUAGAUGGAAACGUUUGGGUAAUCUCCAACCACGAAACAGCCGGUGCUCAGACUGCAGAUUUGCUUCAUCAGGGCUUUGGGGCUCAGUUUGUUGCUAUGGGAACAACUUGAGCAACUUCUGAGUUUUUUGUUUCCCAUUACUGUCAUUAAAAUAAUUUUAGGAAAGUUUGAAGAUUAUUACUGAAAAAAAAAAAAAGUAAUAAAUAACAGAUACAUUGCAAAUUGUGUUGUUAAUGCUAACAAAGUUUCCUUUGAUCAGCUGUGUGCUUAGGAUAAAUAGCUGAAAGCAAUAAAACGUGUUUUUCUCAUUUUGCAUGUGAACAUUGUCUAUGACCUUGUCUUUGCUGUGUAUAAAUGCAGAAGGACGUGACUUUAGAUGGUAAAAUAUGUUCUCAAAGCCAGAACUUGUAAAGUCCUCCACGUGUGUAAUUAUUUUUAUGCUGCUCAUUAAUAACCUCCCUUAUGUGAUUAUGUAAUGGUUCGAAAUGUGGGCAAGUUUUGAAAAGGUUUCCCUUGUUUCCUAAACAAGCACAGAUACCGUGUCAGUGGAAAAGUAGUAUUUGGUAUUUCACCAUAACUACAGCAAUGAUAAACACUUUAUAUAUUUCAGUAACUGCUUUCCAACCAGCGUCUGCAUGGGGUGUUGUGUGAUUCAGGCUGCUGUGGAGAAAUCUGAGGUGACCAGAGCGAAUGAUUCGUACUCUGCAGCGGGCAGUGAGGGCAGUAUCUCCACAUCAGUGGCCUCUUUACCCCCCCAGGCAUCAGGCAGUUCUGCCCCGAACUCGCCGGGCUCACGUCGCUCUGUCAGUACGCUGAAGAAGUGGCUGACCAACCCUGUGAGAAAGCUGAGCGUCGGGUCAGUCGGAGGGACCAAGGGGGAGAGAUCGACGCGCAGAGUGGAGGGCAAAGCACCUCCUCCACCCAGCAGGAGCAACCCUGAGCUGGGCAAUAGCAGGGCACCAGAGGACCGUGUCACCAUCUUCACCAACACAGACAAAGAGCUGGAGUGGAGGGAUGGUCUGCCAGCCUCUGAAGAUGCCUCAGGAAUCCCACAAUCCCACAGGCAUCAGUGCGAUUCCCUUCAGGACUCCACCUCACUGGGCCUGACUCAGAAUCCCCAACCCAGUAACCUGCAGCUAGAUGGCAAUGGCUCUGUGUUGAUGGAUGACACUUCCAGCCAAUCGUCACUCACUGUGGACAGUGAAGAGGAGCGGAGGAGUGCCUUAGAGAAAAGCAUGUAUGUACUUGAAGAGUUGAUUGAGACAGAGAAAAUGUAUGUAGCUGACCUGGGACUCAUAGUGGAGGGCUACAUGGCCACUAUAAACACUAAAGGCGUACCAGAAGACAUGAAGGGAAAAGAUAAAAUAGUGUUUGGCAACAUACACCAGAUCUACGACUGGCAUAAAGAUUAUUUCCUGGGCGAGCUGGAGAAAUGUGUGGAAGAGCCUGAGAGACUGGCACAGCUCUUCAUCAAACAUGAAAGGCGACUUCACAUGUAUGUGGUGUACUGCCAGAACAAACCAAAGUCGGAGCACAUAGUGUCAGAAUACAUCGACACCUAUUUUGAAGAGCUUAAACAGCAGCUUGGUCACAGGUUACAGCUGAACGAUCUCCUUAUCAAACCUGUGCAGAGAAUCAUGAAAUACCAGCUGCUACUGAAGGAUUUCCUGAAGUACUACACCAAGGCUGGAAUGGACACAGAGGAUUUGGAGAAAGCAGUGGAGGUGAUGUGCUUUGUUCCUAAGCGCUGUAAUGACAUGAUGAACGUGGGACGGCUGCAGGGCUUUGAGGGGAAAAUCACAGCGCAAGGAAAGCUGCUUCAACAAGACACUUUCACUGUCACAGAACAGGACAGCAGCUUUCUGUCCAGGCCUAAGGAGAGGCGGGUCUUCCUGUUCGAGCAGAUCGUCAUUUUUAGUGAGCCUAUUGACCGGAAGAAAGGAUUCUCAAUUCCUGGAUACAUAUUUAAGAAUAGCAUCAAGAUGAGUUGUCUGGGUGUGGAGGCGUGUGUAGAUGGUGACCCGACCCGCUUUGCGCUGACGUCCCGUGGUGCUGACGGCAACACCGUGCGCUUCGUCCUGCAGUCUUCCUUGGUGGACAUCAGCAGGUCCUGGGUGAGAGACGUGAACCAGAUCCUGGAGACGCAACGCAAUUUCCUCAACGCCCUGCAGUCACCCAUCGAGUACCAGCGAAGGGAGAGCAAGAGUAACAGUCUGGGCCGCACCAUGAGACCUCCAGUGUUUGCAGCAUCUGGCCUGAGGCCUCACUCUUCAGCCUCCAUGGACAGACAGAGAGCACCCUGCCUGCGUGCCUACAACACGUCCCUGCCCUCCCUUUACCUGUCCAGCCAGGGCCCUGGUGACACAUCCGCACAGCUAGAGCUGGAGUCCCAGCUGGAGUCCCAAACAGUUUCUCCAACCCAUGUUCAGCUGGCAUUUAGUGAGGAGCCCCGUUUUUCACAUGCUGUCCACUCCUGCCAGACAGUGUCCAACGGCGUUUAUCCCGCCAGCACACAAGGCUCACAGCAGGCAGGAGAGAGUGGUUCCAGAGCACCAUUGUGGGAGGUGGGACCAUCAGCUCCAGGAGCCUCUUCCAGUCUACAGCACUCCAAUCACCUGGCCCAGCUGGAUGAAGACGAACUUUGAGCUGCCCUUGAACUCUGACCCUGGUUGCCUUCGGAGCCUGUUACAGCCUGGACGCGUCCACUAUAGCGACCGGGACAAUUUAGUCUUGUCCUGUCCUUUACUCGCACUCUGACGUGAAUGACCAAGUGACUUUUUUAUUUCAGCUUUCUUUCUUCCUCCUUGCUUUUUGUUCAAAAGUUAAAUAACCAUUCCUGCAUUGGGAGGUCACUGGAGCUGAAUGAACCUUUCAUGUGUGUGAAUGAGCGUACAAGAGUGCGUAGGUGUGCAUGUGUGUGUAUGCGCAGUAGAAAUUGCUUCAGUGUUGUAAACGUGUCGAGUAUUUUCACUCAACAAUGUGCUCUGCGGUUCAGGGGACUAAUAGCUAGCAUUACAGAGCCUACAUGGGGCUCUAGGCCUGUUUACAAAGGCACUAUUUUUAUCUCUGGUUCACAACAAAGGGCCUGCUGGGAUACAUACAUUCUCCAGAAGGAGCCAGUUAGAAACAGACUGAUGAUGCAGUAUAUAUUUGUAUAUACCGUACAUUAAAGAUCGACUCUGUGCAUGAAGACGCAAUGGCUUUAGUGCCUCUUCACUGAAUAUGGACAUGUCCAGUGCUGUGUUUCUGAAUUCUGUUUGACUGUACAGUGCUGUUUGAUCUGAGUGGAAGGAGAGCAGAUACAACGUUCCCUUAGAGACCGUCAGCUGCCAAGAUGUAAAGCUAGAGGUCACACUCUCCUCCCUGCAGCUGCAGCUACUGCUCCACACAUCAGGCCACGGACAGCUGGAGAAAGAUGCCACUGUUUCAGCAUGCAUCCGUUACAUUUUGGCAGAGAAGCAUGCGUGGACUCAGUGUGCUCUGGGAUUUAGUAGACUUUUCUAAAGGAAAAUGCUGUUUAUUAUAACAAUAGACAACAGAGCGAGAAGCCUUACAGUAUGACAAUCUUUAUGUGUAGAAGCCCCUCCCAUCAUGAAGCAUGACUCUUGCUUACUGUUUACUCCCUAAAUAAAUGAGAGAGAGUCAAAGACAGCAUAUCGGAAAUGUGAUGAAGAAAUCUCUGAUGGUGCAUCUCGAAGUGCCAGAAGGAGUUACCAUACCCUUAAUCACUGCAAACAAAAUCAUCCCAUUUUAAAAGGAAAUCAGAUUAUCCUUUGUACCUGUAAAAAGUGUAUUAAUUUACAUAUUAUAAAAUACAAAGACAUUUAUAAAUAUGCUCACACUGCCAAAAUAUCUUCAUGAGUGAAAACCUCUUGACUAUAAGUGAAUUGAUCUAAUAUUUCCCACUAUGAGAUUAUUUUAAAAUGAGUAUGAUAUUGUUAAACGUAUUUCCCUUUAAAUACUACGAAAUUUGAAAUUCUCUUGCUCCUUUGGCAUAAAUAAAAUCAGAAAAAAUGGAACGAAAUGCUAAUGAAAUAUUAGAUAAAUGAAUUUAUUUUCAGAAUUUUAUUUCCUUGCCAGUAUUUUUUAAUUAUUUUUUUUUUGCAGUGCACUCAGUGAAGUUCUUUCAUUUUUUUUUUUUUUUUAAACUGACAAUACAGUUUAGAUAUUUGAUAGCAAACUAUCAUGUUAGAUAGCACACAGUUUAACCAGUAGAGGACACCAGUAAGCUUCUGAACACACUAAGGAUGGUAUUUGCAAACCACCUGCUUUACUGAAGUGAACUAUGCACCUUUUGAUUUAUUUGAGUCACCUCUUUUUCAUUCAGAGUGGCAUCCAGAAAACAUGUGUCCUCUCAAAUCUACACUGCAGUAGGAGAAAUAAUGUAAAACCAUGUGACAGUAUGAAUUCAUUUAUUUUAUUUUAUUAUUAUUUUAUUAGUAUUGUUAUUUUCUUUUUACUUUUUUUUUUUACCUUUAUCUAUUACCUACACACCUAUUUGUUGGCAGAGAAAGAUGGUCCACUUGCAGGUAAUGGCCAAACCUGAAUAAUUUACAAUCCAGUUUAAUUGCUAAUAAACCAUGCCCAAUUAACCACACUGCCCAUGACUGGCUGCACUUUAAACGUUAGGCAUGAAAUGGUGUAAAACAGAAUAAAAAAAAUUGUUUAUGCUUGUGAAUUGAUUUGCUCCAUUUUCUUAAGAAGUGUCACUCUGAAAGAAACCAUUCGAUGAUCCAUUCAGGGCUGAGGUAUCCAUAAAAACACUUUUCAUCAGCUUUUACAGAAUGUCUUCUUGAUAAUACUUAUGCUUUAGGAAGACUUGGCCAUAACGCAAUGUUGCAUCAAAUGCCAGAUAUUUUAAAUCUGGCACAUUUGAAAGGCUAAUCCUAACAUACUGUCACAAGUGAAUGUUCCACCGUCCACACUCUCCUGUCUCUUGUCUAGAUAAUAUAGUCCUGUAUUGAGAAUGGCCUCUCCUCUGAUGCCUUUGCACAAAUUUAGACUUUCGCAUGCUUUGUUGCAGAUGUUUUAGUAAGAGAAAACAGGAAAGACAGACUAGAUCGACUAAAUGUCUAUGUGACAGAUCUCAUUGUUGUAUCAUAUGAAAUAAACUGUCUUUUUGGAAUAAUGGA